UCUCAACGGAAAGCCAGACCGAGAAAGCAGUGACCAGCCCUCCUCAGAUUACCCUGCUUUGGCUCCUCCCUUGCUCCCCCCCACCUCAGAUUUGCAUAAAAAAGGCCAAGAAAACUCUGGCUGUGCCCCAGCCGCCGCUCACUCUUCUCCCCCGGGUCGGAGCCCCCCGGAGCUGCGCGCGGGCUUGUAGCGCCUCGCCCGCGCCGUCCUCUCCGAGUCCGGCUUCUCCGCGCUCCGGCCGCGGCUUUCCAGGCCCCCGAGCCGCGCCGAGCGGAGCGAGCGGGCCCGGGACGAGCUACGGCUCGGCCGCCUCGCGCUUCCCCGGCUCCGCUCUCCGCCCCCCGGGGGUCGCGCGCCCACGAUGCUGCAGGGCCCCGGCUCACUGCUGCUGCUCGUCCUCGCCUCGCACUGCUGCCUGGGCUCGGUGCGCGGGCUCUUCCUCUUCGGCCAGCCCGAUUUCUCCUACAAGCGCAGCAAUUGCAAGCCCAUCCCGGCCAACCUGCAGCUGUGUCACGGCAUCGAGUACCAGAACAUGCGGCUGCCCAACCUGCUGGGCCACGAGACUAUGAAGGAGGUGCUGGAGCAGGCGGGCGCCUGGAUCCCGCUGGUCAUGAAGCAGUGCCACCCGGACACCAAGAAGUUCCUGUGCUCGCUCUUCGCCCCCGUCUGCCUCGACGACCUAGACGAGACCAUCCAGCCGUGCCACUCGCUCUGCGUGCAGGUGAAGGACCGCUGCGCCCCGGUCAUGUCUGCCUUCGGCUUCCCCUGGCCCGACAUGCUCGAGUGCGACCGCUUCCCCCAGGACAACGACCUCUGCAUCCCCCUCGCUAGCAGCGACCACCUCCUACCGGCCACCGAGGAAGCUCCAAAGGUUUGUGAAGCCUGCAAAAAUAAAAACGAUGAUGACAACGACAUAAUGGAAACUCUUUGUAAAAAUGAUUUUGCGUUGAAAAUAAAAGUGAAGGAGAUAACCUACAUCAACAGAGACACCAAAAUCAUCCUGGAAACCAAGAGCAAGACCAUUUACAAGCUGAACGGGGUGUCGGAGCGGGACCUGAAGAAAUCCGUGCUGUGGCUCAAAGACAGCUUGCAGUGCACCUGUGAGGAGAUGAACGACAUCAACGCGCCCUAUCUGGUCAUGGGACAGAAACAGGGCGGGGAGCUGGUGAUCACCUCGGUGAAGCGGUGGCAGAAGGGGCAGAGAGAGUUCAAACGCAUCUCCCGCAGCAUCCGCAAGCUGCAGUGCUAGUUCCGGCGCCCGGACGGCGUCCGACGGGCCAGCCCCGGAGCUGGGCUGACGUUUCCCAAGCACAGUCCCGGCUGCCGGUCCCCAGCCUGGAGCAGCUCCCCCUGCCUUUUGCACGUUGGCAUCCCCACCAUGUCCUGAGCUAUAAGGCCUUAGGAGGCCUCAGGAACCGAUAGCUGUUUUCACCUAAAGGAAAAACCCACCCAAAUCUUGUAGAAAUGUUCAAACUAAUAAAAUCAUGAGUAUUUUUAUGACGUUUUAAAAUAGCUCACUUUAAAGCUAGUUUUGAAUAGGUGCAACUGUGACUUGGGUCUGGUUCUGUUUUGUUUUGUUUUUCUGUUUGAGUCAGCUGAUUUUCACUUCCCACUGAGGCUGUCAGAACAUGCAAAUUGCUUCAUUUUUCUCUGUGGCCCACAUUUGUGGGUCACAAACCCAGUUGAGAUAAAGCUGGCUGUUAUCUCAACAUCUUCCUCAGCUCCAGCCUGAGACACUGUCUCAGUCUCCUGACAAUUGGUCGUUUUACACCCUCCUUGGGAAUUUAAGCUGUUGCAUGUAUCACACUCCAGCUACAGUACUUCCAUUUAUAAAAAGCACAUUAACCAUUCCUCGUAGCAUGAUUUCUUCAAAUAAAGGGCAAAACAAAUAAAUUUUGUAAUUGACCUGAGUCCUUUAAGCCUUGUUUAAAACAUUUUUUACUUAAUUUUUGCAAAUUAAACCAUUGUAGCUUACCUGUAAUAUACAUAGUAGUUUACCUUAAAAAGUUGUAAAAAUAUUGCUUUAACCAACACUGUAAAUAUUUCAGAUAAACAUUAUAUUCUUGUAUAUAAACUUUACAUCUGUUUUACCUA